AUGCCGGCUGAGAGGCGCUCUCUGAGAUCGAACAGCAAGUCAGAUACCUCUUCAUCUGCUAACGGUGAGAAGGGUCGCUCUACUUCACAGAACACCAGCUCCAACAAGGACAAACCGGCGCCCAAUCGCGCCGCUGCCAACAAGGCCAAAUCUACCACCGCCUCGAAAGCCGCCUCAUCGAAUAGCACAGCAGAUUCCGGAAUGGGUGAACAGCGGGACCAGCCGCGGACCAACGGCUCCGACCCGACGGAGAAUGGCGUGAAUGGUUCGGAAGAUGUUGAGAUGGGAGAGGAUACGGCAGGUGGGCCUACAUCCUCAUUCACCGCCAGUAAGGAUCGGAAAGGUGACGAGAAGAUGACUGUUGUAGUGCCCCCGACCAAGGGUUCGAGGUUAUCCGGCGAGAAAGCUCCGGACAAUGAAGGCGACGUCGCCAUGGAGGGUGCGGACACCGAGGAGUCCAAGUCAGAGGUUGAUCCGAAGGUCAAGGCUGUCCAAGAUAUCAAGUCCAACUUCACAUUGCUUGAGCGAGCUGUCAGCCAUUUCGACCCCAGAUUCACUCUCCGCGUCUUGCGUUCGAUAUCGUCCAUGCGCAAGCACAUCACACCAGAUGUGCUGGCUGAAGUCAUCGUCGAGAACUACCCGUCCUCCAACCUCACUGCUUCUUUCCUGCUGGGCGCCAUCGAUCAAACCGGCGCUUUUGACAGUGCUGUCGCCAGCUCCAAGAUGGACAUCGAAUCGGAGAAGACUAAGUCGACCCCUAAGGAAAUUCUGCCCGAGAUCGACACUUAUCUCUCCAUUCUUGUUCAGAUCUAUCUGUACGACAAGAAGGAAUUCCAGAAGGGCGCCAAGUUCUCGACAGAACUGAUCGAGCGGCUGCGGGCGCUCAACCGCCGCACUCUUGAUUCUCUGGCGGCCCGAGUCUAUUUCUACUACUCUCUCUUCUACGAACAGAUUGCGCCCCUUCCUCCGUCGCCCGCUGCCUCUGUCACCUCGAUCCGCCAGCCUCUGCUCAACGCGCUGCGGACGGCUGUCCUGCGCAAAGAUGUGGAUACCCAGGCGACCGUGAUGACCCUGCUCCUGCGGAACUACCUGUCGACGUCCCACAUAUCGCAGGCGGACUUGCUGAUCUCGCACAACCGGUUCCCUGCAUCCGCCUCGAACAACCAGAUUGCCCGCUACCUGUACUAUUUGGGCCGUAUCCGGGCCAUCCAGCUGCAGUACACGGACGCCCACGGGCAUUUGAUUGGCGCUACCCGUAAGUCUCCGUCCAGCCACAGCGCACGCGGUUUCUACCAGGCAUCCCACAAGCUGCUCGUUGUCGUCGAGUUGCUCAUGGGCGAUAUUCCCGACCGGGCGAUUUUCCGUCAGCCUGCGUUGGAGCGUGCCCUGCACCCCUACUUCCUGCUGGUGCAGGCUGUGAGUGUCGGUGAUAUGGAUGGAUUCUUGAACAUUGUAAAUACCUACACUGCAACCUUCCGCAAGGAUGGUACAUACACCCUCAUCCUGCGUUUGAGACAGAACGUGAUCAAGACGGGUAUUCGCAUGAUGUCACUCUCCUACUCUCGCAUCUCACUUCGGGACAUCUGUCUUCGCCUUGGCCUGGACAGCGAGGAGUCAGCUGAGUACAUCGUGGCCAAGGCUAUUCGUGAUGGGGUGAUCGAAGCUAGUUUGGACCAUGAGCGUGGCUUCAUGAAGAGCAAGGAGAUUGGUGACAUCUAUGCUACUCGGGAGCCAGGUGAGGUCUUCCACGAGCGCAUUAGAGCAUGCUUGAGUCUUCACGAUGAGAGCGUUAAGGCCAUGCGUUUCCCCAUGAACCAGCACCGAUUGGAGUUGAAGAGUGCACAGGAAGCACGGGAACGGGAGCGAGAGGAAGUCCCAGCCGCCGGGCUAGUACUCUCGUCUCGCAUUACGACGCCGUCGACAACAACGCCAAUUUGCUGGCAAUGCCUCCGAAAUGAUCUCCUCUCCCUCCAGACGCAAGUGCAAACCCGCAAAUAUCAUCCUACCCGCCGGAAAGACGUCUCUCCGUUUGGAGCGGCCGUGUCGGCGGCCCAGACACUUUUCAAAGGCCUCCCCAAGGCGCCGCCGGGCAUUUCGGUCGACCCAUUGCGCAUGGUCGGCAAGGAGCUCAAGUUUCUGACCAAGAACCUUCGUCAAUUGCUUGGGUCUGGCCAUCCGACGCUGGAUAAGGUGGCUAAAUACUACACGCGCAGCGAGGGCAAACACAUGCGGCCGCUGCUUGUUUUGCUCAUGUCACAAGCGACAGCGCUGUGCCCACGCAAACCCCAGACGGUCGACUACAACGCGACGGUCAAUGAUCCGAUCACCUCCUCUUCCAUUUUGGUCGACAACAACCCCGAUCUCCCCCCUUCGCUGUCCUCCGCGACCUCCAGCAGUAGCCCUGAUGCGGCCUACGACUUUGCUGGCGAUGAAAACAUUCUCCCUACACAGCGUCGACUCGCGGAGAUCACCGAGUUGAUUCAUACCGCAUCUCUACUGCACGACGAUGUCAUCGAUAAUGCUGUGUCGCGCCGCUCCUUCACCUCGGCUAACUUGCAGUUCGGAAACAAGAUGGCUGUGCUGGCGGGUGACUUCAUGCUGGGUCGUGCCUCGGUGGCCUUGGCGCGGCUGCGAGACCCUGAGGUCAUCGAGCUGAUGUCGACCGUGAUCACCAAUUUAGUUGAGGGCGAGUUCAUGCAGCUGAAGAACACAGCUGCGGACGAGAAGAAGCCCGUCUUCACGGACGAGACUCUCUCCUACUAUCUGCAGAAGACGUACCUCAAGACCGGCAGUUUGAUCAGUAAGUCUUGCCGGUCGACCGCGGUACUGGGCAAUAGUGUGCCUGCGGUUGUCGAAUCCGCCUACCAAUACGGUCGCAAUCUGGGACUGGCGUUCCAGCUGGUGGACGAUAUGUUGGAUUACACGGUCACCGAGGCCGAGCUGGGUAAGCCCGCCGGUGCGGAUUUGGAACUGGGUCUGGCGACCGCCCCGCUACUGUAUGCGUGGAAGCAAUUUCCUGAAUUGGGCCCGCUGGUAGGCCGCAAAUUCAGCCAGGCCGGUGACGUUCAGAUGGCUCGCGAACUUGUCCUGAAGGCUGGCGGUGUGGAACAGACCCGCGUUCUGGCCCAGGAAUAUAUCGACAAGGCGAUCGCCGCGCUUGCGGACUUUCCCGACAGCGAAGCCAAGGCUGGCCUGAUCCAGAUGUGCGAAAAGACUAUGAACCGCCGGAAGUAG